ACUCUAUUGGGAGGCUCACAUCGGUCUUGUGUGGAUUCACUAUGAGGUGUCUCUCAAAACUUCUGGUUCCAAUUGGGAUUGAAGUUAUAAAGAUAGUUGUUUAUGCUUAUGAGUAUCUAACAUGGCCACUGUACUACUUAUUCAGCAAAACAUUGAGAUAUAUGCCGCUGCCCAACUCUCCUGUUGACAGCGACUGGACAUAUAAUGAAGAAGAAAGUCGGACUUUGGCACUUCCUGUACGUGAAGGUGAUCCCGGUUCGCCAUGGAGAGCAGUUGAAGCCCUCGAUGGUCUGACGAGUUCACUUCCUGGAUGUAAAGAUUUGGUUGAUGUUUGGCUCCGCACAGUUAAGCUGUGGCCCGAUUUGCCUGCGUUUGGAACAAGAGCUGUCCUACGCACGGACUACCGAUAACUUCUCCAGAUGAAGUAAUGAAGCCCAUAUGAGUGUUGAUAUACGUAGUGGACGGUUUUUGUUUACAUGACUCUUUGGUCGGUUAUUCAGUCGAAGAAGUAACUGAAAAAAACUUCUCCUUCAUUCCUACUGGAAUGAGUUUCGAAUUGCUGGGUGAUGGAUUAUACUAGUAAUUUCAGACUACCAACGCCAAGAAUACAAAGUGUCAUCAGAACGGAAGACAUAACUGCGUAACUUGUCACUCGAUAAACUGGUUUGUUACAUUAUUAUCCACUAAAGUUGGUUCCGGAGACAGUAUGAUCUGUUAAUUCUAAGUAACAUUUGUAAAGGCCGAAAAUAUUUCGGAUGGGUUAUUGAAGCAUGGACACAUUCACUGUGUGUCCCCGACGAUUUUGAGUUACAGCAUUAUUUGAUACGUUUUAUACUACUAUUUCAUUCCCUUUAGGACCCUACCAUUCAUUUUUAAACUACCAUCAUUUGUACUAUGGCUUACAAUUCUUUCCUAUUCAAGUUUUACCUUCAUUUUGCCAUGUUGAAGUUGUGUGGGGGAUCAGAUUACCAGCCUGCUAUUAACGUUACCCGUGAAAGUUCCCGGCAACUUGAUCACUCAGAAUCAGCCACUCAUCAAUGUACAGGUCCUCACUAGUCACACCUCGCUAAACUUUAUGUGUUUGGUGAAAUUGAACAGCAAGAUCCACAUUAUUCUCACCGUUCCAAGCUAGUUUUAUAUUUUUCUGUCUAAUUAAAUUGUUUUUGGAAUGUCCCCACAUAUUCAGUGAAAUAACAGUUUACAUCUGUUGACGAAUAUCUUGAUAUGAACCUUCUCAAGUACGUGCCACGAACGUUUGUCUGAUUAUUCCUUUCAUUGGUUUAAAAGCUGGAUGUUCUAUGUGUACUUCCAGUCAUCCAUGGUUGUAUAAGUGAAAUAAAAUGCCUGGUACGUGCUAGAAUUGUAUAUUCCAUCUAAGGAAAGGUCGUGAAGUGAUAUUGUUGCGAAACUAUCAUCUCGUUCCCAUAUUAAUGUAAACCAAGCAAUUCAUAUGAUGUUCAGGGAAUAUGGAUUCCUUAAACGCUUCUGUGUCAAGUAAUUCUCACUUCUAAGUCUUAGUGUGUUUUCGUUUUUUUGGUGAGUAUAGUGGUAAGUAGGUACUUCCCCAUAAGAAAUGAUUCAUGUAUUGUGUUUAUUAUAUAUUCUUAUUUCGUAUGAUUUUGUUCUACACUAGCUGAGUCCUGACGGACGACAAAUGAUUGAGCUCACUUUGGGUGAGUACUCUUGGGAGACAUUUUGGGACGCCGAACGUCGAGUAUCUCAUCUAGCAGCUGGUUUGUAUUCAAUGUUGGGGUCCGUUAAGGAACAUAAUCAGCCCAUUGCCCUAUUUAGUGAAACAAGAGCUGAGUGGAUGUUUGCUGCUCAGGCCUGCUUUCGUCUCAACCGACCUGUUGCUACUUUGUACGCUACUCUCGGGGACGAUGCAUUGGUACAUGGAUUUAAUGAAACUGAAGCUGUGGUCGUGUUCACAAGCGAUGAGCUCUUAUCAAAAGUAAUUAAAAUUGUUCAACGAUGUCCUUCGAUUCAACGUAUUAUCUACUUCACAAAUGGAGUUUUUAAUCGAGAACUUUAUACAGAAGUUGACAACCUCGCUGUUCCUUCUGAAAGUGCUACCGCUAGUGUUGCAGAAGCUCUGACAAAAUGUCCGUCAAAUUUACAUCUACACAAUAUAGUCGAAGUCGAACGUUUGGGAGCUGCAGUAAUCAUGAAAGAUAGAGAAAAGCGAAAAAUGGGUGGUUCCACACCAAUUACAGGGAAUAAUAAUCACUCAUCGAACGGUUAUGAGGGUUUAUGGAUGCCUCCUGCACCAGAACGUGCCAGUCCCUCGGAUUUAGCUGUGAUUAUGUACACAAGUGGAUCAACAGGUCAACCUAAAGGCGUUGAAAUGACCCAUGAAAAUUUAGUAAGUGCCAUAGCUGGUCAUCUACAACGUUUACCGAAACUUCGUAGUAAUUACGACAUAUAUGUCGGAUAUCUACCACUAGCUCAUGUUUUAGAGCUUACCUGUGAAUUAUCCUGUGUCAUUAUGGGUGUACGAAUUGGUUACUCGAAUCCACAGACAUUAACAGACACUUCAUCCCGUAUUAAACGAGAUCACUGCUUGGGUGAUGUCAGUCUUCUUCGACCAACUCUUUUUGCCAGUGUGCCUACUGUAUUAGAACGUAUUUCUAAGGCUGUUUGGGAAAAAGUAAACGCUGGCGGUGAAUUUCUUCAAGCUCUCUUCAAAUUUGCAUAUGCCUACAAAUGUCGACGAAUUCACGGUGGUUUUCCAAGUUUCCUUGUGGAUCGAUUGGUUUUCCGUAAGGUUAGAUCACUCAUGGGUGGGCGAAUUCGUUAUAUUGUUUGUGGUGGUGCACCGUUAUCAGAAGAUUCACAAUUAUUCACAAAUAUAUGCAUCGCACCUAUUAUACAAGGUUAUGGUCUUACUGAGUCAUGUUCUACUGGCACUUUGAUGGAAUGUGGGGAUCUGCGAUGUAAUCAUUCUGGAGCACCUGCUUCUACUCUACAAAUUCGUCUACGAGCAUGGCCUGAAGGUGGGUAUUCUCCCUAUGAUACACCGUCUCCACGUGGGGAGAUUCUUUUAUCUGGUAAACCGGUUUCUCGAGGCUAUUACAAACAGCCUGAAUUGACAGCUAGAGAUUUCAUAACCGAUCAAGACGGCACACGUUGGUUUUGUACUGGGGAUAUUGGUCUGAUGCAUACAGAUGGAAGUCUAUCAAUUAUUGACCGUAAAAAAGAUCUUGUUAAACUACAAGCUGGGGAAUAUGUUUCCCUUAGCAAAGUUGAAAUGGCUCUUGGUCAAUCAGUCUAUGUUGAACAAAUUUGUGUUUAUGUGGACCCGAUGCAAAAUUAUCCAAUCUGUUUCGUGUCGCCGAAAUUAAAAUCGCUUACUGACUUAGCAGAAUCUUUGAACUUAGUUCACUUACUUCAUGAAGCUCGUUCAAAGCUUCCUAUAGAAUCAAUGAAAGAUCCCAUUGCUAUCGAACAUGUAGAACGGGCUGUUCUCUGUAAACAUCCUCAAAUUAUACAAGCUGUAUUAAAAGAUUUACAACGAGUUGCUAGAGAAAAACGUUUAAGUACAUUUGAAAUACCACAAAAAGUUGCUUUAGAUACUAUAGCUUGGACACCAGACACUGGUCUUGUAACGGAUGCAUUAAAAUUAAAACGUUUCAACUUACAAACUCGUUUUCAACAUGAAAUUGAAGAACUUUAUCAGAAGGAUACACGAGCGUAAUUAUUAAAUUAAUAAUAAAUAUCCUUCACCAAAUGAAUUAUUGAAAUGUAUGCAGUACAUUCCGUCUUCAUCAUUAGUAUUUAAUAUAUAUGUGAAUGGGUAUAAUAUCAACAGCUUAUUUGUAUUAAACCUUUGAAAUAGACUCAAACAGUUAUCAAUUAAAUCAUAUAAACCAACAAUAUAUAUAUAUAUAUAAAAUCGAUUCAUUUAUCUUUAGUUUUACCAGUCAGUUGUAUACAAGUCAUUGAACAUAUUCAUUAUGGUCGUCAAAAAACGUAUGCAUAUGAUAUAUACAUACGUGAUAAAUGGUACUUGAAUGGUUUACGUUUUUCUUCUCUGUCUUCAUAUCAACCACAUUCGUUUGUGACUUCCUUAAAUUUCUCUGUAGUAUACUUCUCUCGCUCAUUCUGAUUUGUCAGCUUUCGUAGAGUUGUAUCUGUCAUCAAUUCAUAUGUCUUCUUCCUGUUUAUCUUGGUAACAGUAGUAAUAUUAAUACCAAUGAUAAUUAUCGUACCAUUGACGAUCAAACUAGUGUAUUUAAAAUGGUUAUCUCCAAAGGUACACGUCUUUUUCAUUCUGUUUUGUUCCAUCAUUAUUUUCACUCGUUAAUAUGAUUAAUACUAUACAUGUUUCAUAUAUAUUAUUUACUUGCUUUUAUUCUGUUUCUUGUCUAAAUAUUUACCGUCUCACCUAUUGAUUUUUUCUUUGUAGUUUAAUGUAUUUCUAUUUGUCUUGAAGACAUUUGUGUAUGUUUUAUAAUCUUAGUUCGAUGUUCAAUUAUUUUAUUGUUUUUUUUGGUAUUAAAUGUAACAAAUGGUGUAACUCAUUCAUCUCAUAAGUUCAUUAUUGACACUUCGUUAUCAAUUUAAUUUAAUGGAUUAUUCAAUGUAGUUUAUAUGUAUCUGCAUCUAUAUUUACAAACAUCUAAGAAAGAUUAUGGAAAAAAUUAGUAUCUUCAGUACAUUCACCUUAUUUCCACGCAUACACAUUUACUCUUUCAUUCAUUUUUCACCAAUCUUUGGAAAAUACACAUCGUUGCUUUAUAUACAGGCAACAUUAGUUGAUAACGAGUCUUUGUGUCUGUAUUGAUUUCACUUACUAUUUACUUCAUCCUUUUGUAAAUUUUCAUAAUUGUUUCUUAUAAAAUAAAAAUUAUUCGCGGAAUGAUUUUCUUAGCAUUCCCCUCCU